GACCUGCAGGUCAUUAUCGAGGGCCCGUCAUGAUUGGGUGGCCGGUGAACGGUUUGCAAAUGCGAUGUCUCUGGGUGGUGGACGGCAGCCCCCUUCAUCAGGGACCUCGAAUAGACCAGCUGCUUGGCGACGACAUGGGCGGUUGGUGGCUCAUCUGCAAUGGCAAAGCUUAUCUGCUGGCCCAGACGAGGGGGAAAACUCGGGGAGAAGAUGGGGCACCACGAGUAUGAACGCCAUGUUCAAGUCCCCAACGCCAACGGCAAAAACACCAGGCAAUCGAUGGCUCCUCUGUCGCCUUCGUGCGGCCCAGCAGCCCGGUUCUGUUGCAAUGGACAGUCUGGAGAGGGUAGCGCCCAGAUCGUCCGGUCUGCGCGGUGGGACGACAAGCGGUUACAACGCUGAGAUGCAACGAGCCAGCUGCAAAUAUCUCGGCCGCAAUUGGCGUGCAGAGUCUGGGCGGGACUAUUGAUGCGCGUUGCGGCAGCAGACGGAUAUUCCGGUGGAAGAGACGAAGAGCCAUCCCGUCCACCGAACCCAUGGGGCGCGCGCGGGUGCAUGCAGACGACGCCGAGGACGAUGCAGUAUCCCGCCAAAGGCAGCUCGCCAGAGGGAGGAGUACGGAUGCACGGGGAGACGGGAUAGACGGGCUCGACAAGGGUCGCCCUCCGGGUUGCGGCUGAGCGCGAUGUGAGGAACCAGGCACUCUGACCCCUGAAAGGGAGCUAACGCACGCCUCGCUCGACCGCCAGCGGAGGAAGGAAAAAAAAAUACGAGGCCACCAGAGACUGGCGGGCGGGGAGGCAGAGAUUGGAAGAUGGCAUUGCGGCCGGUCCCUCUCCAUGAUCAGCUGCCCAGCCUGACCAGGCGCCGGCAGACUUGCUUUGCCUCGCUCGCCUUGGGCUGCUGCUACACACAUUACGCACAAUGCAACCCGCAAACAAGGGGGUCGCCGUACCAUCGGCCACUCGGACGCUCCACAAGGUCCUGCAGCUGUGGCGGACGGUGGCAUCUUGGCCGCCCAUGAGCGAACCGGCGAGCGUCCGACGAUGCGCCUCACCGGGCCGGGCCCUGCAGGUCAUGUCUAGGCUCAUGCGAGUGUUUUGUCGUCUUCGCGUUGUCGACUGAACUGGAGUCGUUCGUCUCUUAAAAGUCUCCGCCGUUCACGCCUUUGUCGCUCGUUUCCGGUCAUGGGCAGUGCGGUGUUUUCGUCUUGACACAUCGUGACUUACACGCGGCGGACCACCCGUUUGCACCUUGACGGAGAGAGCGCCCACCACGGUCCUCCUCCCAACAGUGUAUCCGUCUUUGGUCAUCCUUCUUCGCCGCAGCCGCUGUCACUCUUCGCAACCAUGCGGUCGUCGUGGGCGAUGCUGGCCCUCGGCCUCGCCGGCCGGGCGCUCGCCGACCCGACUUGGCCGUCACCCAUUGACGAGCUCGAGGAGAUCAUGUUCCAGCUCACGUCGUUCCGCGCGCGCAAGUUCGCCGACACGGUCAGCCCGUGCUCCAACGAGGCGUCGGGCCCGGGCCGCCAGAACGCGGCCGAGUGGCUCCGGACGGCCUUCCACGACAUGUCGACGGCCAACACCUUCUUCAAGACGGGCGGCCUCGACGGCUCUCUGCAGUAUGAGCUCGACAACGGCGAGAACACGGGGCCCGGCCACAAGACGACGCUCCAGUUCAUGGCCCCCUUCGUCUCGCCCCGGUCCAGCCUGGCGGACCUCAUCGCCCUCGGCGUCUACACGUCGGUGCGCUCCUGCGGCGGGCCCGCCGUGCCCUUCCGCGCCGGCCGCAAGGACGCGACCGAGAAAGGCAACACGGGCGUGCCCCAGCCGCAGAACUCGGUCGUCACCUUCCAGCAGCAGUUUGAGCGCAUGGGCUUCACCACCGAGGAGAUGAUCCAGGUCACCGCCUGCGGCCACACCCUCGGCGGCGUCCACAAGGAAGAGUUUCCGGACCUGAUGCCCGCCAACGCCCCCGCCAACGGCGAGGUGCCCCUGGACUCGACCGUCGCCGUCUUCGAUAACAAGGUCGUCACCGAGUACCUGUCCGGCAACACCACCAACCCGCUCGUCGUCGGCCCCUCGGUUGCCAUCAACAAAAACGCCGACUUCAAGGUCUUCAACGCCGACGGCAACAAGACCAUGGCCACCAUGACCGACAACGACAAGUUCAAGGCCAUCUGCAAGGUGGUCCUGCAGAAGAUGAUUGACGUCGUGCCGCCGAGCGUCACCCUGACGGACCCCAUCGUCCCUUACACGGUGAAGCCCGUCAACCUGCAGCUCACGCUCGCGCAGGGAGGCACCAUGCUGUCCCUGACGGGCUACAUCCGCGUCAAGACCACCGGCCUGCCGGACGGGAGCGUCAAGAGCAUCACCCUCACCUACAAGGACCGCAAGGGCUCGGCCGACUGCGGCGCCAGCUCCUGCGCCAUCACGAGCAGCCUGCAGGGCGUCGGGCAGGGCUUCGACGACACGUUUGCCUUCUUCCCCAUCCAGGCCACCAUCCCCGCCGCGUCGGGCAUCUCGUCCUUUACCGUGACUGUCAACGACAAGACGUACGACAACAACGGCAAGGGGUAUCCCCUCCAAGACGACGUCCUCUUCCAGGCGCCGCAGAGCUGCGUGACGGGCAACGCGGGCGCCGUCACACUGGUGGCCGCCGUACGCAACGACGUGGCUAGCAAGGGCGCGCAGGCGACCGUCUGGUACAAGGAGCCGCAGACGGGCAGCCCCGUGCCGCUGCAGAAGAGCGCCGCCGUCCAGCUCAAGAAGGGCAACUGCGUCGGCAAGUACACGCUGUUCACGACCGAUUACACCAUCCAGGGCGGCCUGCCGUACCAGUCGCACGUCGACGUCACGGCCGGCACCCAGACCGACGGCUUCAAGAGCCUCACGGAUAUCGGCGGGACGUGCCGGGCGUUUGACAACCCGGCGCCUUGUGACGGGGCCGACCCGCCGGUGAACUCGACUACCACCUCGUCCACCACCACCACUACUGACACGUCGUCCACGGCAACGACGACGACCACCACCACCACCACUACGAGCACCUCGGCGUCUCCGACCGCGACGCUGCACCACCGCGAGACGGUGGGCGGAUACAAGAUGGUGUCGUGCUGGACCGAAGGCCCAGCGGGGCGGACUCUGGCCGGCAACACCUUUGCCAACGACAGCAUGACGCUGGAAAAGUGCAUGGAAUUCUGCAGCGCCUACGUGUAUUGGGGCACCGAGUACGGACGCGAGUGCUACUGCGGCAACGCCCUCGAGGCGAGCAGCAAGGCGGCGCCGCUGGCCGACUGCAACAUGCCGUGCGGCGGCGACGGCAGCCAGUACUGCGGCGCGGGCAGCCGGCUGGAGCUGUACUCGACGACGAGCGCGCCGGUAACGCCGACGCCGACAGCGACGCUCAUCCACAAGCCGACCGUGUCGCCGUACACGCUCGUGGGCUGCUGGACCGAGGGCAACGGCAAGCGAGCGCUGGAGCAGAAGGCGACGGCGGCGGUCGACAUGACCAACGACGCGUGCGGCGCCUAUUGCAAGGACUACAAGUACUUUGGGACUGAGUACGGCAGCGAGUGCUACUGCGGCAGCUACCUCGACGGGACGAGCCAGACGGCGCCGCUGGCCGACUGCAACAUGCCAUGCGGCGGCGAUAAGUACCAGUACUGCGGCGGGAGCAGCCGGCUCGAGCUGUACAUGAACCCCAACGCGACGGGGGGCCCGCCCGAGCAGCCGGCCGCCGUGGGCGACUACGUGCUGGUCGGGUGCCAGACCGAGGGCAACGGGACGCGGGCGCUGGGCGACGCGUCGACGGCGGCCGACGACUUGACCAACGCCAAGUGCGCCGACUACUGCAAGGCGUACAAGUACUUUGGGACCGAGUACGGGCGCGAGUGCUACUGCGGCAACAAGCUGGACGUGUCGAGCAAGGUGGCGCCGCAGAAGGAGUGCGGGAUGCUGUGCGGCGGGAGCGCGCAGCAGUACUGCGGCGGGUCGAGCCGGUUGAGCGUGUACAGCAAGAAGGAGGUGGUGCCGCCGCCGCCGCCGCCGUCUUCAUCGUCACCUCCCCCUUCGUCGUCUCCGACGCCGUCUCCGUCUCCGACGCCGUUGCCUUCACAGCCAGCGAGGCGGCGCAGGGUCCGGUCGUGAUGGAAGCGGCUACGACGUCAGCUCCAGGAGUGGCAGUUUCUUCUCAGUGCGUGUGCGCGUGUGCAUGUUGUGUGCGUGUCUACACAGAAGAAAACAUAAAGUGAGAAAGGGCAGAACAUACUAGCACAGCAAAGUAUAAGCGCCAUGGUAUGAAUGAUAUUAAAGAAAUGAG